UCUAGCAGCAUGGAUGACAUAGAGAAGUGGCCCGAAAUAGCGAAAGCAGCGACGGGGAAUAGACGGGAACUGGUUUUACAGGGUCCAUCCGUUGACGGGAGAAUUUCCUCAAAUGGGGGUCUAACCUCUGCCAUCUAUUCCCUCACACUGCUGAAUUAUCUUGAGGUUAGCCAGAGCCCGAGUCUGACGGCGAUCCACGAGGACAUCCGGCAUCUGACCAAUCUCCAAAGCCUCAUUCUGUGCAGGAACAAGCUAGCCUCCGUUCCGAAUGUCUUCGGUAGCCUCAAGUCCCUGAGGGUCCUGGACCUUUCAGUCAACAACCUCGGGGUUUUACCAGAAGGAAUCACUCAGUUAAGGGAGCUAAACACUCUCAAUGUGAGCUGUAACAGCCUGGAGGUGCUGCCAGAGGGACUGAGCCAGUGCACCAAGCUGUCCUCCAUCAACAUCUCCAAGAAUCGCAUCACACGUUUCCCCGCUGACUUCUACUCCGAGCGACUGGAUCUCCUCAGCACACUGGUCGCUUCUGACAACACCAUCGACCAGCUGAGUGGAGAUAUCCACAAACUAGCUGCUCUGAAGGUGCUGGAUCUCUCUAACAACAAGCUGAGCGAGAUCCCCCCCGAUCUGAGUGACUGCCCCAAGCUAAAGGAGGUCAACUUCAAAGGCAACAAGUUGACUGACAAGCGUCUGGAGAAGAUGGUCAACGGCUGCCAGACCAAGUCCAUCCUUGACUACCUCAGGGGAAAAGGGAGACAGGGAGAGGAUGGAGGUGAUGCAGACGGGAGUCGCAAGGCAGACAAGGGGAAAAGGCAGCAGCAGAGGAAGAAGAAGGAGAAGGUGGCAGAUGAACAGGAAGAGGUGGAGGAACUGAACAAGAUGGUGGUGAGGGUUCUCCACGUUUCAGACGCUCCUACAGCGCUCACAGUCAAAGUGAGUGCAGAAGUGAAAGAUGUUCGACCGUAUUUGGUGUGCUGCGUGGUCAGAGGCAUGAACCUAAAGCCUGGGAACGCUCUCAAACGGUUCCUGGUGGCUCAGACAAAGCUCCAUGAUGACUUGUGCGCUAAAAGGACCACCGCAACCAUUGCAACUCAUGACGUGCAGCUUCUCAAAGCUCCCUUGAUUUAUGAUGUCAAAUCACCUACCCAGCUGAAGAUUGCGCCACUGGGUCGAAGGGAGAUGACGGCCGUCGAGCUGAUAAGACACCUUCAGCUGGAGGCUGAUGAGCUGAGGAAGCAGAAGAAGAGGCAGAACGUCAGUGGCCUCCACAAAUACCUGCAGAUUCUGCAAGGAAAAGCAUUCUAUCCCUGCCUAGUGGAUGCAGAAGGUCACGUGAUCUCAUUCCCACCUAUUACCAACAGUGAGAAAACUAAGAUCAAGAAGACCACCAAGGAGCUGUUCUUGGAGGUGACGAGUGCAAACAGCCUGCAGACCUGUAAACAUGUUAUGGACGCUCUGAUUGUAAAAAUGGCCGAGUUGAACAAGUUCACAGCAGAGCAUCAGGAGGAGCCGGGGUCAGAUGGGGAAGGGGAAGGCCCACAAGAACCACCCACCAGCCAGGAGACCUCCAGCGAGCUGAUCGUCCAACAGGUCCGAACUGUCGACCAUGACGGCAACCUGAAGGUCGUCUACCCGUCGAAGACGGACCUCUCCGAGGACAUCAGCAACUUGACCGUCAUUUGGUAGUGGAGCUCCGGAUAACCUCUAAUGUUUACACUCAGAACCGUGUUACAUGAAGUCCUUAUAAUGGAUUAUCAUGGGACAUUAAGGCAAAAAUUACAUCCCUUUACUUCAGGGAGUGCAGAAAAUCUGAUCCUAAUAGGAAUUUUUGUGAUUAAAACAGCAUCCAGCAGCAGUUUGACUAGUAGUAAGCGUUGCCUGUUAAUGAAUGAACAGCUGUGUACAUGUGUAGUAAUACUUCAAUAAACCCUCCCGCUUCCUGAAAGCAUGACUAACAUGACAAACUCUAUCUCAAAAUAUCCAUAUUUUUGUAUUAAUUACAAACUGAAGACAACUUGUCUGUUGGUGAAAUUCAUUUUGUUCAACUAACAUUGACUUAAACUCUGGACUGGUCACAUGUAUCUGUAGAACUGGAAGAUUUGUAUGACUGUUAAUCAACCUAAAGUCCCCCUCCAGUCAGAAAAGUUGAAUGUUUGAGCUUCACUGAGUAGAAUGAUGAAUGUGCACAGUUUUACACUUGAAGGCUUUUUUCACGUUCAUCUGCUGAAGUUGUCUCUGCGCUAAUUGAAAAUCUGACUUCAAGAGGCGGGCCUACAAGCAUGAUUUGUGACAUCACACCAGGCGUUAGCAUGCGUCUUGGGUGAUCCGAUCAUAAGUGGACAGCAGAGACACAUCGCCUUUCAUACCUGUGUCUAUCAUGCAUCUCUAGGGUGCUGAACUUGUGUUCAGAUUUCGUUACUGCCUACGUCACGUCGGCAAGACAGUCAAAUGCUAACAGCUUGCUAAGAAAACAAGACUGUUGAGAACUUACAUAAAUGUACGAACUAUUCCACUGUUAAGAUUGACAGGACAACAGCUGCAUUAGCAUUUACGCUAUGCUGAUGAAGUGUGGUCACACCUCGACAAGUGGUUUGAGUGAUCGGACCACGAUGCGUCUUGGUGGUUGUUUGCACUCAUAUUUAGUGCUGCCCACUUGUGAGCCAAUCACCCAAGAUUCAGGCUAACACCAGGUGUAAACAGGGUCUCUUUCUAGUUGGUGUGGUGAUAAUACUUUUUUUUUUUUUUUUUUGCAAAAUCCAUCAGAUCACAUAUUUUUAUGUAUGCCUUAAUACAUGUGUGGAGGGGAUCUUUAAAGUGUGACACUUUCCCUUUAAACAGCAGCAAAUAAUGUUUGAAUUGCACUCAAUUAAAUUUUAUUUAAAUUUCGUUUGCAUUCAUUGCAUGUCAAGUGCAUCCAAGGUGGAUCAGUUUACCUGACAGAAGCAGAAGGUCCAAUGAUGGUGACCAGACACCUGGGAAAGAAAGGUCACUCUCCAUCGAAAACUUUGUAUAAAACUUUAUGGGUGAAACUGUUCCGUGUUGGUACUCGGCUAUAGUCAUUCUGGAACCAGCCAAUGGAUAAAAUGAAUAAACUGACAGAUCAUUCAUUUAGUGCAUGUUUAUUGUGA